GGAAUUUCCCAUAUUUGGGCAUUCUUAGUAGGAGCAAUGGCAGCUUACAUUCUGUGUGGAUGGCUAGCUUAACGUUAAAUGUGGACUGUUAACGAUCGCAUUUUAAACAUUUCAUAUUAUUAUUGACGGGCCUCCGAGACGAUUCGUCGGUGUAUUGGGAACGUGCCUUUUUAAAAUGUUUAAAACCAAAUGUUAGUGACUGAAUAACUGGCACAAAACCGCAACCCCUUAGCACGGCUUUGCUAGCAUCCUCGAGACGCCUCGCUUAAUUGUCGCAUUGUUUUUACUCGUAAACCCAGAAACGACCGGCAUCAACCGUUAUCUUCUCACGGCCAAUUGCCCUCCAUGCCCGAGCAAGGCCCGAGGAUGAACAGCUUUUCUCUCGGCGAGUUGUGCUGGCUCUUCUGCUGCCCGCCCUGUCCGAGUCGCAUCGCGGCCAAACUAGCGUUUCUGCCGCCAGAGCCCACGUACUCCAUCCACACGGACACGAGCGGUGCUACCAGCUUGCACCUGACCGAGCGCGCCGACUGGCAGUACUCGCAGCGAGAGCUCGACGCCGUCGAGGUUCUCGUGACCAGAACCAGUCGCGGGAACCGGGUGGGCUGCAUGUUUGUCCGAUGUGCGCCCAAUAGCCGCUACACGCUGCUGUUCUCGCACGGGAACGCCGUGGACCUGGGCCAGAUGUGCAGCUUCUACAUCGGCCUGGGAUCCAGGAUCAACUGCAACGUGUUCUCCUACGAUUACUCGGGUUAUGGGGUCAGUACCGGGAAACCGUCUGAGAAGAACCUAUACGCUGAUAUUGAAGCGGCCUGGCAGGUGCUUAGGAACAAGUACGGAGUGACUCCGGAGAACAUAAUUCUGUACGGUCAGAGUAUAGGCACCGUGCCUACGGUGGAUCUGGCCUCCCGGUAUGAGUGUGCCGCAGUCAUCCUGCAUUCUCCUCUUAUGUCUGGCUUGCGCGUUGCCUUCCCUGACACCCGCAAAACCUACUGCUUUGAUGCCUUCCCAAGCAUCGACAAGGUCUCAAAGGUGGCGUCUCCGGUGCUGGUCAUCCACGGCACAGAAGACGAAGUGAUCGAUUUCUCCCACGGCUUGGCCAUCUACGAACGAUGCCCGCGUGCCGUCGAGCCCCUGUGGGUGGAGGGAGCCGGGCACAACGACAUCGAGCUUUACGCCCAAUACCUCGAGAGACUGAAGCAGUUCAUUACCUUCGAGCUGGCUACCUCCUGAAACCGCGGCGGAAGACGUCGCGUGGGGUUCACCUUUUCCCGGGCCUGAGGACGCCAUCAGUACUUGCACUUGCUGAAGAAAAACUGGACUCCUUCGUCUCGCUCCUGAAAUUUAGGAGCGAGGCUUUGUAUGCCCUACAGGGGAAAUGCAUUUUAAUCAUUUCGAUCCAUUUUCUAUUCUUUUAUACUUGAUGAAGCGUUGACAUUUUGCACCACGUGUUCAGUACAUGCGAAAUAUUUCGAUGAUUUGAAAUGUCGUUUCGUUUGUUUUCGUUGAUGCAUUUUUUUUAUACACCUCAAGGGUUAAUUAAACUGAUGCACUUUUAUUGUGCAGAUAUUUUCAGGUUAUUAUAUUUUAAUGUAUUUUUGGGGGGAUUAUGUCAUAGCAUUCCUAUGUUAAAGGUAGAUUUAGUGAAAAGUGACUGAAUUUUUACGUGGCCAGUUGUGUGCGUUCGUCUGACAAAGUCAGCGGCCAGGGGCCGCUUUUAGGUCAAAAUAACUGUAGCUUGGCUAAUUAAAACUGGAAGACCUGUGGAAGUGACUUGACCCGUAAAUAAUGAAGGUACACUACGUACUGUCCGUGUUUGGGACUGGAGAAGGGGGGCGGGAUGGGUCUUGUGGGUUUUUCUUUUUUUUUUUUUAAGCGCUGAAACAUGGUGCUUUGUGGUAAUACAGCAAUCAGGGCAUUGUUUUAGCAUAAACACUACAUUAUAGAUGUUAAAUCGAAAAGUGGGUUGUAAAAAAAUGUGAAGAUUUAAGCUUUCUAUGUUGCUUUUAGCAUUACAAAAAGCCUUACAUUUCACCUGACAUUCCCGUCAAUGAUUUCUUGGAUUUGAAAGAUUUUCUCUGGGCUCCUGCUCGCUGCUACUCCUAAUGGGAAAAUCACUGUGAAAAACUGAACCUUAGCUUGAUAUAAAUAAGGUACAGCUUGACCACACCUCGCUGUUUUGAAGUUUAUCCCCCAUUUCAGCCAUGAAACACCGCCUGAAACCCAGGAAAACGAGAAAUUCCUUAAAUAGUUUUUCCUCAUGGUAAAUGAAGGAUUGUGUGUACGCGUGUGUAGACAUUUCACCAUAGCACUACACGACCGAACCUUUGGAAAUGUUUCCCACGCCUGUGCGUUCAAAUGAAGGAAAUCGGUUGCUAACCAAUGCGGUCAUCAGACUGUAAGUUUAGUUUGUUAUCUUGACUUGUUUUGCUUGUAAGGUUAUGCAAUGGCAGUGUAUGUUGUAAUGGAAUGUUGUCGUUUUCUCGUCCAGAGUUUGGAGAUAAAACCCCUUCAUUCUCGACCUCAAUGGACUUUGAGACACUUUUUAAGGAAUGGCAAAACCUGACCCCAUCUGAGCCUGUCAUUGCUUUUGAUACUGAGGUUUUUACAAUGUUUUAUUAAUAUAUAAUAUUUACACCUUUUAAUGCUGGUUUGUAAGAUAAUCGUACUGUACACCCCCACUAUCUCUCUCUCUCUCUUUUUCUCUCUCUCUAUAUAUAGAUAUGUAAAAUAUGAAGUGAAUGGUAUUUAGCUUUGAUUUAUUUUUUUUGACACUGGAAUCACAGUAUGCAAAUAUAAUGCAGAGGAAAACCCGAAAUCUAGUUGGUACAGACACUUUGCGUGUUGUUGUUUCUUUCGACUGUAUCUUCAAAGCCUUAAAUGUGUCACGAGACCGAUUAUUGUUCUUUAUGUUGGUCGUUGCUCCGACGCGACAAAGUGGAUAUUGUACUGCUUAUAAAGGAAUAAAGGAUGCAUGGAAACUCAAACAA